AUGGGUUAUGACUGCAUGAGAAGCUUGCAGUGCUGUGGGAACUUGUCACCACAGCCACACUAUCCGUCGAUGACGAAAGGGACGUCACAGAUUGAAGGAUCAGAGGCUAAAGUGGUUUUCAACGUUAUGGGAAUGACGUGCGCUGCUUGCGCUGGAUCCGUCGAGAAAGCCAUCAAACGCUUACCGGGGAUUCGACAGGCUUUCGUUGAUGUCUUGAAUGAUAAAGCACAGGUUCUUUACUACCCGUCUAUGGUUAACAAGGAGAGGAUACGUGAGGCCAUUGAAGAUGCGGGAUUUGAAGCGAAUCCCAUGGAGGAAGACUCCAACGACACAUCCACUCAAAUAUGUCGAAUACACAUAAGGGGAAUGACUUGUACUUCUUGUUCCUCCACCAUUGAAUCAGUUCUACAAACCCUUCGUGGGGUGCACAAAGCACAAGUGGCCUUGGCAACUGAAGAAGCUGAAGUUCGCUAUGACCCUAAGAUUGUCAACCACAAUCAGCUAAUGGAAGCUAUACAAGACACUGGCUUCGAAGCCGUAUUAAUAAGCACUGGAGAACACAUAAGCAAGAUAGAACUUAAAAUUGAUGGCCUUAAAAACGAGCAAUCCUUGGAUACCAUUCAACGAUCUAUCCAUUGCCUCUCAGGUGUUGAAACCAUAGAUAUAUAUCCUGACAUUAACAAAAUUGCCAUAACUUAUAAACCAUACAUGACAGGACCAAGAACCUUCAUUGAAGUCAUAGAAUCCACAGGAUCAGGGUGUUUUAAAGCAGUGAUAUUUCCAAAUGAUGGAGGAAGAGAAGCACGUAGACAACAAGAAAUCAACCGAUACUUCAACCUAUUCAUAUGGAGUUUGGCUUUCACCAUUCCGGUGUUUUUGACAUCUAUGGUGCUUAUGUAUAUACCUGGAGUUAAACGUGUUUUAGAUGUCAAAGUUGUGAAUAUGCUAAAGAUUGGACUACUUUUGAGGUGUGAAUUUGCCACCCCCGUACAGUUUAUCAUAGGUAGGAGGUUCUAUGUUGGAGCCUAUAAAGCAUUGCGCAAAGGUUCUGCUAACAUGGAUGUGUUGAUAGCCUUAGGGACAAAUGCGGCCUACUUCUAUUCUGUGUAUGUUGUGGAAAGAGCUUCUUUCUCUCGGCAUUUCAAAGGCAACGAUUUUUUUGAGACAAGCUCUAUGCUUAUUUCGUUUAUUCUACUUGGGAAGUAUUUGGAAGUGUUGGCAAAGGGGAAGACAUCUCAGGCCAUUGCCAAGCUUAUGGACUUGACACCUGAGACAGCAACCUUGUUGACUCUAGAUGAUGAGGGAAAUGUUGUUAGUGAACAACAAAUUGAUAGCCGGUUGAUACAAAAGAACGAUGUGAUCAAAGUUGUUCCUGGUGCAAAAGUAGCAUCGGAUGGUCUUGUCAUUUGGGGACAAAGUCAUGUAAACGAGAGCAUGAUAACUGGAGAGGCGAGGCCUGUGGCUAAGAAAAAGGGUGAUAUGGUGAUUGGAGGCACUGUAAAUGAGAAUGGUGUUUUUCACGUUAAGGUGACUAGGGUUGGAUCAGAGAGUGCUCUCUUUCAGAUUGUUCGACUCGUUGAGUCUGCCCAGAUGGGUAAAGCUCCCGUUCAAAAGCUUGCAGACCAUAUUUCUAAAUAUUUUGUUCCUUUGGUCAUUGUGCUUUCCCUUUCAACAUGGUUUUCAUGGUUUCUAGCUGGAAAGUUACAUGCAUACCCAAAAUCCUGGAUACCAUCCUCCAUGAACAACUUUGAGCUUGCACUUCAGUUUGGGAUUUCGGUCAUGGUCAUUGCCUGCCCUUGUGCUCUAGGCCUAGCCACUCCUACAGCUGUUAUGGUUGGUACAGGAGUUGGUGCAACACAAGGUGUGUUGAUCAAAGGGGGGCAAGCAUUAGAAAGUGCACACAAGGUGAAUUGCAUUGUGUUUGAUAAGACAGGGACUCUCACAAUUGGGAAGCCAGUGGUUGUAACUACAAAACUCUUCAAAAAGAUGUCACUUGAAGAUUUCUAUGAAUUUGCUGCUGCAGCUGAGGCGAACAGCGAACAUCCAAUAGCCAAGGCCAUUGUUGAGCACGCCAAAAGGAUCAUAGCAGAUGAACACAAUCAUCCCUGGCCAGAAGCACGGGACUUUGUUUCUGUUUCAGGUCAUGGAGUGAAGGCCAUUGUUCGAAACAAGGAAAUAAUGGUUGGGAAUAAAAAAUUGAUGGUGGACCAUAACAUACUCAUUUCAACCGACGCUGAAGAAACGCUAGCAGAAGCUGAAAGCCUAGCUCAAACUGGGAUAUUAGUAUCUUUGGAUGGAGAAGUUGCUGGAGUUAUGGCUGUAUCUGAUCCAUUGAAACCUGGUGCCAAAGAAGUUAUUUCCAUUCUUAAUUCCAUGAAAAUCAGAAGCAUCAUGGUGACAGGUGAUAAUUGGGGAACUGCCAAUUCCAUAGCCAGACAAGCUGGUAUUGAAACUGUUAUGGCAGAGGCUCAACCUGAGAUUAAGGCAACUAAAAUAAAAGAAUUGCAGAGUUGCGGGUACAAUGUGGCAAUGGUGGGAGAUGGCAUAAACGACUCUCCAGCACUUGUGGCAGCUGAUGUUGGAAUGGCAAUAGGUGCGGGCACAGACAUAGCUAUUGAGGCAGCUGACAUUGUUCUGAUGAAGAGCAACUUGGAGGAUAUAAUAAUUGCUAUUGACCUUGCAAACAAAACUUUCUCUCGUAUACGUCUGAACUACAUUUGGGCUUUGGGUUACAACUUGCUAGCCAUCCCUAUUGCUGCGGGCAUCCUUUACCCAUCCACUAAAUUCCGAUUACCACCAUGGAUUGCUGGAGCUGCAAUGGCUGCCUCUUCUAUCAGUGUUGUUUGCUCCUCCCUCUUGUUAAAGAAUUACAAGAGACCAAGCAAGCUAAACAAUUUGGAGAUAAAUGGUAUCAAGAUUGAAUAA